GAGAGAGAGAGAGAGAGAGAGAGAGAGAGAGAGAGAGAGAGAGAGAGAGAGGGGGCGGGAGCCAAAGUGAGUGGGAGGAAGGGGAGGCGGAAAGCCACUCAUCUCGCCAUGGUGUCCAGCACGGGGGCCAGGCCGGGGCCAGGCCGGGCCAGGCCAUGAGCCGGGCUGCGAGCUGGGACAUGGAUGGACUUCGAGCGGACGGCGGUGCGGCCAGCGGGGGUGCCCCCUCCUCUGCGGCCGCCACUGCGGGGCAGUGCCGCGGCUUCCUCCCUUCACCCGUGUUUGGGGCGCACUCUGGGCGGGCUGCGGCUGCGGCUGCAGCAGCGGCAGCGGCCGCGGCAGCGGCUUCGGGCUUCUCCUAUCCCGGGGCUGCAGAACGCUCUGGCUCAUCCUCUUCCUCCUCGACAGCAGCGGCAGCGGCUGCUGCUGCAGCUCGUCCCGAGGCACCCCCUACCAAGGACUGUCCAGGCUCCACUCCGGCUCCGACUCCAGCUGCAGCUCCCCCGGCCGCCCCAGCGCUGGGCUACGGCUAUCAUUUUGGCAAUGGAUACUACAGCUGCCGCAUGUCCCACGGCGUGGGGAUUCAACAGAACGCACUCAAGUCCUCCCCCCACGCCUCUCUGGGAGGCUUCCCCGUGGAAAAAUACAUGGACGUCUCCAGCCUGGCCAGUACCAGUGUCCCAACCAACGAAGUUCCCUCCCGGGCUAAAGAAGUGUCCUUUUACCAGGGCUAUACCAACCCUUACCAGCAUGUCCCCGGGUAUAUAGACAUGGUCUCCACCUUUGGCUCAGGGGAACCGAGACACGAAACGUACAUAUCUAUGGAGGGUUAUCAGUCUUGGACUCUGGCGAAUGGCUGGAACAGUCAGGUUUACUGUGCUAAAGACCAAUCCCAGAGCUCACAUUUUUGGAAAUCUUCCUUUCCAGGGGAUGUAGCUCUAAACCAGCCUGAUAUGUGUGUCUACAGACGUGGAAGGAAGAAAAGAGUGCCAUAUACCAAACUGCAGCUGAAAGAACUGGAGAACGAAUACGCCAUUAACAAGUUCAUUAACAAGGACAAGAGGAGAAGGAUAUCCGCAGCCACAAACCUGUCUGAGAGACAAGUGACCAUUUGGUUUCAGAACAGAAGAGUGAAGGACAAGAAAAUAGUCUCCAAACUCAAAGACAAUGUCUCCUGAUUCCGAGCUAAGGACAAAUAUGCUUCAUUCACAGGCCUUAUGUUAUCUUCCUCUUAGAAACUUUUGGAAAAACUUGAAUAUAUAUUUAAUUCCUCCUCCCUCCCCCACCUAUUUUCUGCCAGCAGCGGCGAAAUUUUGUGAAUUGUUUUUCGAUCCUCCAUCGCAUUUUGGAUCUAAAACAUAAGGCUGCCCAACUUGACUUUGUAGUUCCUUUUCUUUUUGGGUUGUUAUCGCUCUUGUUGGUUUCUGUUUUGUUUAUUAUUAUUUUUGAUGUUCUGUUUCUCCCUCCAGGCCAGUAUAAAGGACUGAAUAUUUUUUAACAGUUCCCACCAUUAAUUUUGGAUUCACUAUUUUGAUUUUAGUUAUUUUUGUUGUCAUUUUUUUAUCACUUGAAAAAUAGUGCCAGCACUUGUUCCUAUGUUUGUUUUCAUAAAUCAUCAUGGUCGAAUGAUUUCAAAUCAUUCAUGGCCUAUCACUGACUUAUGAAAUCAUUAAAACCCAAUGCGAGGCCAUCAGAAACUGCCAAGACAAGGUAGUUUUGUAUUUUGAAUGUGGGUCUAAAUAUUGGAAACUGAAGGUGCUGUCCUUGUUUUAAAUUUCCAACUUAAGAAAUAAGAUUUAGAGUAAUAUUGACACCAAGAGCAUCUUUCUGAUUUCAGAUCUUACUGUUAAUUGACAGGUUUUACCAAAGAGUUUCAAUACAUAUAGCAGAUUAAUUCCAUAAUUUUAACUUAAAAUAAGAGUGUAAUGUGUACUUGUAGAUGCCUUUAUUUCUUCUGAACCAGGUACAGUGAUUUAAACAGUUGCAUUUUCAAGAUUUUAUAUAUUGCUAAUAUUCAUUGCUCUUUCCUUCCAGAUAGUUAAGAUUGACUCAAUUGAUAUAGAUACAGAUUUGUUUAAUCAUUAUUUCAAUAUAGAACAUGCUGGAUAAGCGUGUAGACAUGUGUAUUUUUAUGUAUAGUAUGCCCUCAUAUUAACAAGUUUGUUUGAACAAACACUUUCCCCCUCUCACAGAGGUUCAAAGUUUCUAACAAAAGGGGAAAAAAAAACCCUGGAACUCUUAAGUUCCAAGAAUAAACGGGUGUUAAGGAAAAUAACAAUAAAUAAUGAAUUUUGAACUAUUGGAUAAUUUAUAUACCUGAAAAAUUAUUUUUUUAAGUAACAACAACUAUGAUCUGUGUUAUCAAUGCAAUGUUUUAGACAAAUUGCUAUCAUUUUACUUUUAGGGAGAAACUUAGCAAACAAACAAAAAAAAUCUCAUUACUUUCUUUUUCUGUAAAUUCUUACUUUAUAAAGUUGGCAUCUUAUUAUAAAACCAUGUUGUCUUUCAAACUAUGCAUAUUUAUUUUAAUAGCCUAUUUCUCUGAACAUGUUGAUCACCAGUGUGAGGAAGAGUCACAUCAGAUCCUGUGUGUUUUCCUCUUUCCUCCUCACUUCUACUACCCUCCCCUCCCCCCACAUUUUUCUCCUUCAGCUUUAACUAACAAUGAUGUUUGAAAUACCAGACAAACUUGCCUUGAAUUUAAUUAUCUUUUUUAAAAAUCAAUUCAGCUCAAAAUAUCUCCAAUAAAAAUUUUCUAUUUCAAUAAUAA